AUGUCUUCAUUAAUUACUGGAAAGUCACUAAUUAGUGAAUCAAAGCUCCCAACACCAUCUGUCAACAUAAGGUCAAGUCUUGUUCAUCAUACGCAAUCUCGCAAUCAUAAUAGCCAGCCCCAUCACUCAUCUCAGCCCAUCAUCACAUCUUCAUUGUCCACCACAUGCUCCAACUCUGCCACACAAUUGUCCAGUUCAUUGCCAACCUCAUGCACAUCUGCUAUUUCCACCAUGUCUAAUGUGUUCACUACAUCUGAUACCAUCAAAUCAAAAGUAUCUUUUGCUAUUUCCCCACCCAUAGAAAAUAUACGCCAAGGGUCCAGUAUUAACUUGCAACCCAUUCAUCAUGAAGUCGCGUUGGUAUCUGGCCCACGUGUAAAGUCUUUGACUCAGCGAUUGUCUGGACAAUCUUCAAGUAUGGAUGAAAUUCCCAGUGCAACUACAGCUGUCGGUACCACAGAUCUUACUUUUCCUGCAUCGGUCAGUUCUCAUGUAGUAGUUGUAUCCAAUCGCACGACUGCCAGUCAAGCUGCUUCUACUUUAGCUGCUACCAGUAUAAAUGCGGCAGUCAAGCCUUUAUCAGCUGCUCAAAAAUCUGUUUCUACUAAUUGCUACACAUCAUUGCCAGUAAUGAUUGAUGCACGUCCUUCACUCACACAAUCGUCCCAAAGUACUGGUUCCUCUAGUGUGCUUGGUUUUGGCACUAUCGGAGAUUUGCAAGAAUCUUCACCUUCUUUGAUCUCAGCAACAUGGAAAAAACCUGUCAAAGCAAUCACCGCAUCGUCUGUUUCAUCUUGCAGUACAAUUGAAUAUUCUGAAAACAGCGCUGGCCGUCACUAUCCUCAUACCAAGAGCAUCUAUAGCUACAUCAAUAAUUCCAAUAGUGCUCAUAUUCACUCCGAUAUACACAAUCAAGUCAAUACCAGUGUUGAAGAUUCUUAUAAUGACCAUAAACUGCAAGAUUUAGGUCAAACAAAUCGUAGUUCUCGACACAAAUUUGUUCCUCUCACUCCUCAGUCUGAAUCAUUUCAACCUUUUUUGCAACAUGGCAGUACUUUUAGUACUACAACUGCAUCUACUCUUGGACUGAUGACUCCGGCAUCUAUAAGGUCAGAAAAGUCCGAUGCAGCUAGUACACGUAUAGAUUUAUCUUGUGUGAAUACUUUUUCAAUUAUUGGCCAAAAAACUACCAGUGCUACCAGUGCGGUUUCUUUUUCUGACUAUAAUGCAAGUCCAAUUAUGGCUGAAAGUAGUGUUCGUGAAUGCAAAUUAUCUGCCAAAAACAAGUAUUUAUUUUCAUCCUCAAAAUCUGUUGAGUUUGCUUCAACAGCACCGUUGCUAUUUUCUUUGUCUAAACCUGGCAUUUUGUCGUCGUCAAACGAACCAACAAAACAUCCAAAUGCGCUGACUACUGCUGAAGACAGCGCAUGCGACAAAUUUUUGGCCAACUUGAUGUCUCGGCAACCUCUUUCAUCAACUAUAUCGCGAACCAGCAAGGAUAGAUCAUCCGAUACAGUGUGUGGUUUAAAGCGUGGCCAAGAAUGCAUUUCAUCUGGAUCUGACAACGACGAAGUCUCAAAUAUGCGGAUGCCAGGUCCAGAUGCAGACAUGAUGCUUCAUGGAUCUCGUCAUUUAUCAACGCCUUGUUUUUCUAAUUGUAGUUCCAAAGAAAAAUCAGCCUAUGCAUAUUACCUUGAAGAUUCAACUGCUCCCUACCCCUUUGAUGGACUUCCUCACGCACAAACAUCUUUGAAAACUCCUAGUUUGCAAGUCGCUAUUAAAAAACGAUCCAUUGAUCAUGCUUCUUGCUGUAAACCUAUACCAAGGCAUCCUAAUUUUACCCCAUUCUCGACUGCCUUUUCCUCUGCGGCUACUUUAUCAGUUACAACUGCUGAUAUGGUUAAACAUUCUUCUAUGCCUGGAACUCCAAUCUCAGUAUAUUCUAAAGUUUCCAAAGAUGAAUGUGGUUCUGUAUUAAACAUACCAAAUUUUACUGAUAAUACUGAACAUCCGAAACCUGCCAAGCUAAUUCAAGAAAUUGAAAAAUCUGCAUCUAUGCCUCAUGGUGGCUUUCAUUUUAAACUAUCAAUGGCCGAUGCCCAUACUAAAUUGCCUAUGCAGCGCUACUGA